AUGGAGAAACACGUUAAAAGAACAUCAAAGGAAAACUCCGAGGCUGAGUCCUCAAAACGUAAGCGGGAAGGCUCCAUAGUUUGGCAGCAUUUCGAGAAAACCAACGACAGGAAAAAGGCGAUAUGCACUUACUGCGGAAAAAUGUUAAAAACGGCAGGCAACACGACUAACCUCACGGACCAUUUAAAACGCAUACAUCCCAAUCGCCUCACUGCAGAGAAACUUCCUGUAUCAACAAAGUUGGAUGCAUUUUUACUUCGUGAUGUGCAGUACCCAGCUGAUUCUAAGCGUAAGAAAGAACUGGACAAACAUGUAAUGCGUAUGAUUGCACUAGACGUGCAACCAUUUAGUAUUGUGAAUGAUACAGGAUUCCGUGCAUUGAUGCAUAAAAUGGAUCCCCGAUACAAAUUACCAUCCAAAACAUACCUUCGAGAUGUAUCGCUUCUCAAAGUUUACGAGUCUUUAAAAGGCCAACUACAGUCAGCCUUAGAAUGUGUGGAGUAUGUGGCAAUCACAACAGACGGUUGGACCUCCAAGACGAACGAGAGCUAUUUGACCAUAACCUGCCAUUUUAUUAAUACGGAAUUCCAGCUAAAUUCAGCAGUUUUGUCAACAUCGACACUUUUAACGUCCACUAACCACACUGCUGCGAAUAUUGCAGACUCAAUUCGCGUGGUUUUGACGGAGUGGGGUCUGAUGGGAAAAGUGGUUUCUAUAGUGACCGACAACGACAGCACCAUGAAGAAGGCGUGCGAGCUUCUGGAGGUUAAGCAUUUUCCAUGUUUCGCGCACACUGUCAACUUGCUAGUUCAAGAUGUCCUAAAACUUGAAAUUCUUGGACCUAUUUUGACUAAAU